AUGUUCCACAGUUUGGCUCUCACCCCUAACAAAUGCAGCCUAGGAUGCAAGAGGCCUCCCUACAGGUGCCUGCUGAGAGCUGUUCAGUGCUGGGCAGAUGAGAGUCCCAGUGGUGUGAAUGAACACAGCAUAACUUGUCCUGGACCAAAAAUUAAAAAUACUGGAGAGGAUGUUAUUCUUCAAGUCAGUCUGAACAAUGGCAUCUCCUUCAUUGGGAACAAAGUCAUUAUAACCAGUACCAACUGCAUGAGUACUAGGCCUAAGGAUCAGUCGCAACCACCUCCCCCACAGUCAGAGAAGGUUGAACAGGAGGGUGUCAGCGUGAAGGGCAGUUUACAUUUUAACCCAGACCCUGAUGCAGAGACCCUCUACAAAGCCAUGAAGGGAAUUGGAACCAAUGAGCAGGCCAUCAUUGACGUGCUCACCAAGAGGAGCAACGUGCAGAGGCAGCAGAUUGCCAAGUCCUUCAAGGCUCAGUUUGGAAAGGACCUCACUGAGACCUUAAAGUCAGAGCUGAGCGGCAAAUUUGAGAGACUCAUCGUGGCCCUCAUGUACCCGCCAUACACUUACGAGGCCAAGGAGCUGCACGAUGCCAUGAAGGGCUUAGGAACCAAAGAAGGAGUCAUCAUUGAGAUCCUGGCUUCUCGGACCAAGAACCAGCUGAGAGAGAUAAUGAAGGCAUACAAGGAAGACUACGGAUCUACCCUGGAAGAAGAUAUCCAAGGAGACACGAGUGGCCAUAUGGAGCGGAUUCUGGUGUGUCUCCUGCAGGUAAUGCGGCACAGGCUCCAGGACUCUGUGGCUUAG